CGCCGCCGCCGCCUGCUCCUCACCCCCCGCCAUGGUGGCCACCGAGGGGCUGCGGGAGAUGGAGGGCAGCGCGCUGCGGCGGCUGGUGUGCCGCGACGAGGGCGGCGGCGGCGGCGGCGGCCCCGGUGGCCCCGGCGGCCCCGGUCCCGGCCGGUGCCUGGUGCUGGACUGCCGCCCGUUCCUGGCGCACAGCGCCGGGCACAUCCGCGGGGCGCUCAACGUGCGCUGCAACACGAUCGUGCGGCGGAGGGCCAAGGGGGUCGUCAGCCUGGAGCAGAUCCUGCCGGCCGAGGGCGAGGUGCGGGCGCGGCUGCGCGCCGGGCUGUACGCCGCCGUGGUGGUGUACGACGAGCGGAGCCCACGCGCGGAGGCGCUGCGCGAGGACAGCACCGUGGCGCUGGUGGUGCGCGCGCUCCGCCGCGACACGGCGCGCGCCGACAUCCGCCUCCUGGCAGGGGGUUAUGAGCGUUUCUCCUCAGAGUACCCCGAAUUCUGUGCAAAAACCAAGUCCCUGAAUAAUGUGUCACCCCCCACCAGCGCGGAGCCCCUGGAUUUGGGCUGCAGUUCCUGUGGGACCCCUCUUCAUGACCAGGGUGGUCCUGUGGAAAUCCUUCCCUUCCUCUACCUUGGCAGCGCCUACCACGCCGCCCGGCGCGACAUGCUUGAUGCGCUGGGCAUCACAGCCCUGCUGAACGUCUCCUCAGACUGCCCUAACCACUUCGAAGGGCACUACCAGUACAAGUGUAUCCCGGUGGAGGAUAACCACAAAGCUGACAUCAGCUCCUGGUUCAUGGAGGCGAUCGAGUACAUCGACUCUGUGAAGGAGUGUUGCGGCCGCGUCCUGGUCCACUGCCAGGCCGGUAUCUCCCGCUCAGCCACCAUCUGCUUGGCUUACCUGAUGAUGAAGAAGCGUGUCAAGCUGGAGGAGGCCUUCGAGUUCGUCAAGCAGCGCCGGAGCAUCAUCUCCCCGAACUUCAGCUUCAUGGGGCAGCUGCUGCAGUUUGAGUCGCAGGUGUUGGCCACCUCAUGCGCGGUGGAAGCCGUCAGCCCCUCGGGGACACUGCGGGAGCGGGGCAAGGCCACCUCCACCCCCACCUCCCAGUUUGUCUUCAGCUUCCCGGUCUCUGUCGGUGUCCAUGCCACCCCCAGCAGCCUCCCCUACCUGCACAGCCCCAUCACCACGUCACCCAGCUGUUAGCUCAGGGGCUGAGGCCGGCCGGGCAGACGGGGCCAGGCGGGCACGGAGCCCCGCGAUGUUAAGCAAUAGCGCUGGACACUGCCGUUCACCCUGGACUCAACGUCUUUUUUCGUAGAGAAAUUUCUUACCUCAUCUUGGUUUUUUUGCUUUUUAAUUUUAUGUUUUGAAAGCACGAAAGUUGUAAAAGCCACAAACCCUGACAUUGUCCAGGCUCUUUGCGGGAGGGAAAAAAUAGCAUACUGGGUUUCCUUAAGUGCCUGGUUUUCAUCUCUUUCCAACUCUAUCUUAUUGUCCCUUUUUUUUUUUUUAAAAAAAAAAAAAAAAGAUAGACUUCCCCUUCUCCCUUUAUUUCUGCCCGUAGCUCAUCUGGGUUGAAAAGGGGAACAUACAGUCUUUUUCUUGUGCAGCAGUCUUCCCCCUCACACCAACCGAGGUGGGGGCGUGGGGUGGGUGCUGCUUACCUGAGCCAGUUACAGGGGGUGACGAGCUGCAGGCAGGGCCUUGGGGCAAGCAGGACGGGUGGUGGCGCAGGGCUGCCGGCACCCCUGCCAGGGCCGGGGGAGGGGAUGCUGCAGCUUUUGGUCCAAGCCUAGAACACGCCUCAUCUUCAACCCACCUGGAGCCUUAUUUCCCACCCUGCCUCUCUCCUACCUCCCCCUCGAGUCCAACACAUGAGAUGCCUGUGUGGCUGAUGUACAUAUGUAUGGUUUUGUUCCUUUUUUUUUUUUUUUUUUUUUAGAAAUUAACUUUUUAUUUAUUGCCUGAGGGAGGGAGAAAACACAAUGUUUGGAGAAAAUAAAAAUAAAACUGUUUUCAACAGUUGUGGCUGGCACAGGUUUGUCCUAAGACCAAGACAGAAUAGCAGUUUGUGCAAACACUUAGCUUCCACAGAAUACCUGUUAAAAAUGUAUUUAUUGAAUUUUAAACUAUUACAAGUAUUGCAGAUCAGACAUUUAGCCAAGCACAUUUAUAGAUCAAACUCAGUUGUUACAGAGAUGAUACCUAAAGUCCACCAUGUAGGUAGGCUGAGAACCUGCCCAUCGUUUUCUUUGAAAAAGAGGGUAAAGGAGGAAAUAAAUAAAUGAUAUCCCAGCUCCAGGUAAUUGGCAACCAAGAGAGGAAACAUACAGGGCUAGUUAUGAAAACAAGAUACAAGAAAAGGUCUAAAAACCUCAACCCCCAGGUACACUGCCAUUGGGGUUGGCAGAGAAGGCAAUUGGGAAUGAAGAUACACAAGCUCACAGGACUGUGGCACAGAAACAUCCCAAUUUCAAUUUCCAAAGCUGAAGCAAGUUCUGCAGAUGUUAAGAAAGUGUCAAAAUUACCUUGUAAUACAGACACUCCAUUCAAACUACAUUAGUAAUUAAUGGAUCCAACACUAAAACUUGCCACCAACAGGUUCAGUAAGACAGAAAUAGCUACAUCAAACCCAGUCAGACAAUACGACCUGACAGGCGUACGUGUUAGUGUAACGGGGAACACAUCAGUUUCUCGCAUUCCCUACCGACCCAUGGGCGCACUCCCCUUGCUUCAGAAGUUCUAACACGCAUAUGCUGUCCCCUGACCUGCUAGAUUUCACCUCUACUAGGUGUCCAGAGAGGUGGGAAUGCUGCCACGCCACCUCUGCGCAUGCAUCCUGCCUCCCUCAAAGAUCAGGAGAGCAUGUUCUGGCCUGGGCCAAAGCCACCGCCUCUGACCAUCAGUGGAUUCAAGUCUAGGGGGGCUCACAAGCCACUCGCUACCCGUGGCUACAAGUGAAUCUACUUCCCCACAUCUUCCCCAGCAGGGCUGCAGCAUGGCUUAAAACGACUGAAGCGUGCGUUUGAUGCAUCUCCUCUUAGAUUUCUGAGCUAGAUUUUUCUGUGGCAAAGCAGCAUGGAAAGGGAGAAAUCCCCUUAAAAAUAAACUCACACACUUCCUGACCUUCAGAUGCUGAGAAUGAUUAGCAACGUUCAAACUAAUCUGCUCUGUGGUCGGACCCUUCCUUUUACCCAUUGUUUGACAAAAUAAACAAAACUGUUCUGAGUAAUUUCUGUUAACAGUCCCAUGUGGAAAUUCUAGGUAGUGCAUGUACUGUGCAGGAGCUCUGACUUCACUGCAGGGAUGCUGGAGGGUUUUUUUUUUUUGAGAUUUGCCACCAAGUAGCUCCCGCAGGCCACGCAGCGGCACGAUAUGUUAGCAUCUCUCAGCACUUCAUGCGGUCACAGGGAGCAAACAUCUCUCACCUGCCACAAGCAGCAGGAUCAGCUGGUUUCCAGAGCGAAGGAAGCGCCCUUCUCCAGAAGCUAUUCAGUCUCAUACACCAUGUGCCUUUUCUGUGUCUGCUGCCCACCAAAGACAGCAGUGCGGAACAAGCUGGGGGGCUUGCUUUCUGCUUCAGUGUAGAAUUUUGUUUUGGGGUAUUUCCGUUAUCAACAAGCAAAAGUAUACAAAGUUUGCAGGCAAAAGAAAUCCCAGCUGCAUAAUCCAGUGAGAUUUGAUCGCAUCACAGGCAAACAUUUAAAACGGAGGUUAGAAAAACAUUCAUUCCUUCGACUACAGACCAAUAGUGACUGCAAAACAGUGGAACUAGUACAAGAGGUUUAUAACAGUCUCCAUGGAGCUGAGAUCAGAACAGACUGGCAGAUAAAAAUAAAGAUGAGAAAAUAAGAUACACCUUACUAAGGUACUGUACUCUCUGCUUUUAAUCCUAAUAGAAGUUUUGUUGACAGGAUUCAGGCUGCAAUGUCACUCUGCAGCAGGUACCUAAUUCAUCUGUCUCAUGGAAACAAUUUCAGCAAUGGAGAGCAGAACCAUCCUUUCUUUGCUACGUGGUGAAGUUUCUUUCUGUUUUGCCUGUUAAGGUCCUGUUGCAAACUGCACAGACGUUUCAAAAUGCUGCCUCAAAGGGACACAGG